CUAACAAUAGAUACAAGCUAUAUGUAAGCACGACAACGCGCGUAGAUGGAACACUCCUAAUUUCGUAUAAACAAACGUUUUAUUCAUUAUAUGGGAACAAAAGCGAAAGCUUACCAUACAAAAGAAGCAACAAGGAUCUUGUUACUUAUCAAGCCCCUCAGGAAAGACAAUGUACGAGGGAAAAUGGCAUCGUUUUCUGGAGUGACAUAUUUCCAUCUGUUGGAUGUAGUAGCCCUAUUCAUAAAUACCAGCUCUCUAAGAUUCCGGCCUGUGCCAUCCUAAAAGAUUUGUAGCACGAUUACCCGUCAAUUACCUAUGAUUCUAACUUAGUAUGGCGAACUCCGCAAGAUAUAGACACAUAGGAAUCCAUCUCCCAUUCCAAGUCACUGAAGACCCCACAAACACUUGGACGAUUGACGACAAAAUUACUAGUGAUGGGUUCAUAUUAGUGGAAAAGGUUAUGGACAAUGAAUAUGUUGUGCAGUCCGUGAGAACAGGGGAUCUUUUCGUAAACAAGUUAUACACUCGUGCGGAGAACCGUUAUGACAGGCCCGGAGAAGUUCGGAUUUCGACCGCGCCGAACGCAGAUUGCCAGCUACCUGGUCCUUAUCGACUCGGACUUAAAGGAGUCAACACAAUAAAUUUUGCAGAACUUGUCUGCUGGCAAAGGUUUCCCACCGGUGCUUGGUCCCUAUAUUUCCGACAUUAUAACGGUGGUAAUUUGGCUAUGUUUAUAGGUAAGUUUGGAGACCAAGAUCGAGCGGUUCCAGAGCAUAUGAUUUGGCACGUGCUUGAGAGGCUUAGCGAAGCUAUUAGAUGCCUUUACUUUGGUAUAGAUCCAGGUAUGCCUCCGAGAAGUGCUCGAGACCAGGAGGACUGGAUACCUAUUUCCCAUCGGGACCUUUCACCGGAAAAUGUCUUAAUUCAUUAUCAUGAUGGACGCGCAGGCCAGAUCCCAAUAUCCGGCAGAGAGUCUUACGCCUUUCCUGAAAUCAUUACAAGUAAUCUUGCCCGGUCGGCUUUUCAGACCGAUCUCCCAGAAAUGGUACGUUUCGGCAUUGAUUCGGAAUUCCUAUUCCGUCCAUGGGAAGACGUGGUAAGAGAGAUCCUCCGACAGAUGUGUACAGCUAACCAAGAUUUCUACACACCCGCGAGCGAGAUAAACGGAAAUAUUGGUCCCAACGAUAGACCUUAUUCGGAAGAUCUUAUUACUCUACUCGAACGAUGGGAAUAUCCCGCUUGGGAUGACUUUACUAUCUCGAUAAUGCAGAAUCACAUAGGCCAAGAUGGUUCUGAGGUACCUAACUAUGAAUACAUCCCUACAGCUCGGUGGGUUUCCGAUGUAUUGUUAAGUGUGGCUCGAAGGAAAGUCCGACGAUAUCGAGGCAUUUCUAAGCGUCCUCGAACAUAUUUCCGUGAAAUUGAUGUUUCAUGGACGAGACCGGAGAGAAUUAUGCCUUACGAAGACUUUGAAGACCUCAAGACGGAGUCUGACAGUGACAUUGGCGCAAAGAUCCUUGCCGGUCUGCCCCCCUCCUUUGAUAUAGAGCGAGCAAAGUUUGGACCGCUUUUAUGGUGGGAGGAGGUACGGCCGGCCCACGAGACAAUAACCGUUCUGUAUAACCGCGCAUAUAUGCAAAAUCUGCACAACUUGCCACCACCAGGCCCAUACCGAUCCCCACCACCAGACGGCGACUCAGCUUCGAGCGAGGACGGCGUAUCUGAUGGAUACUUUGAUAAUGAUAACGACGGUGACUAUGCGCCCUAGUUCCGACCCAUAUGCUUGAGCAUAUUUGAUCAACUAGGUUGUUUAUAUUCGAUCUUGGAUGCAAUACGGCAUUGUAGGCACCUAUAGUUGUUGCCUCGAGCUCUAUAUCCGGCGGAAAGCGAGUAGGUUAGUACCUAGGUAUCUACCUAGUCUUGCAACACCUUAAGGGCGUAGCGCGGUAGGCAUUGGCGAAGGAUAUGAUAUAAGGGCCAGGGGAAAUACGAGCUGGGCCUGCCUACGAUUCUCGUAGCUCCUAUAUAUACCUAGGAAAUUGAAGAUUUUCUAGAUAAAGAAUAUCGUGUAAUACCCAAUUAUCGUAUGUAUUAUUAAUAAGUGACGACUCUGUAUUGAUUCAAGAAACCCACCAAGUUACC